AUGAGUAGCGUAUCCAAACAUUCAAAGCCAAUGGCGUUACAGCUUCAGAGCGAGCUGAACGAGCGGCUAGCGGCGCUGAGCAACUCGUGGGGCGGCGAACUGCCCCUGGACGACGCAGUCAUCGAAGCACUCCCAGAAGGAACCGUGGCGCAGACGGCCUGUUGCUAUGUCCUAUCGGCUGCGGCAUGGUCCUUCACGGCCAAGAUAGAUGCCGUCAACUCCAGCGGGGUGGCUACACCAAUCUUCCUGAAAUAUGUCGCAGGUGACCUAGGCAAGGCACAACUCGAAGGGGAGUACACUGGCAUGUCUGACCUGCAUAGGCUGGCGCCAAACCUAGUGCCCCGGCCGAUCGCAUGGGGCAAGCUGAAAAACUCAGUACUGACGACGUACUUCGCCCUGAUCGAGUUCAAGCAGUUCGUGCCCGGCCUGCCUGAUCCGGCAAAGCUGGGUGCGCGGCUGGCCGCCAUGCACGCGAAGAGCGCAUCUCCAAACGGAAAAUUCGGGUUCCAUCUGCAGACAUAUGACGGCGCCCGUAUCCAGGCUGUUGGGUGGGAUGACAGCUGGACAUCAUUCUUCUCUAAGCUUCUCGCCGAGGCAUAUCACCAAGAUACGGAGACCAACAGGUUGUGGAAAGAACUGGACAUCUCCGAAGGCCGCAAGCUAACACCCGUGCUGAUUCAUGGGGACUUGUGGGAUGGCAACAUUGCUAACGACAGCGAGAACGGCGAUCCGUGGAUUUUUGACUGUGCCGCGUAUUACGCUCAUAACGAAAUGGAGCUUGGCAUCUGGCGUGCUGAGCGACACCAGAUGAGAGCCGAGGUCUUUCGUGAAGAGUAUCUGAGAAAUUUCAAGGCCAGCGAGCCGAAGAACGAAUGGGACGGCCGAAACCGCCUCUAUAGUGCAAAGACAAAUUUUAUGCACUCUGCCUGCUUCGCCGGCUCGCCCGCUAGACGAUUGGCGUUCAGUGACAUGGCUCAACUUGUCCAGAAAUAUGUUCCGUGGGAUCGCGACUCACCCGAGUUAGCUGCUGUCCUUCAAGCAAAGGAAUCUUACCGACCAUAG